AUAGUUAGAGAAAAAUCCUAUCUUUAAAUGCAAGAAAAAGGCUAUUAUAAUAGCUAAUUAGGAAAUUACANAAAAGCUGCUAUAAUUCUAAUUAGGAAUGUUACAGAUAUGAAAAAUACUUUAUUAGUGUUGCUGAUCUCAAUGAUAUACAAUUUACCAUUACUUGCAGCCGAUCCCGUUUUACUUAAUUGCAUUGAAACUCCUGGAAUACAUAAUCUCAACACAAGACCUAAAAAUUUCAACUAUUCAAAUAAUUUGAGAAGGAAACCUGGUUCUCCAGAUACUGCACUUGGAGAAAUAAUACAUAUAGUGGGUAGAGUGACUGACAUAAAUUGUUUGCCAAUACAGAAUGCUACAGUUUCUAUAUGGCAUGCAAAUGCAUGCGGUAAUAAUGGAAAUUCUCAACCCGAUCCAAAUUUUGCUGGAUCAGGAAGGUUUAUUACAAACAACCUGGGUUACUAUAAUUUUAUCACGAUCAUGCCUGGUAAAAGUGGUAAUAGAGCACCACAUAUAAAAUUUUUAGUUCAACAUCCGGGCUUUGCAGAAUUCACAACACAAAUGUUCUUUACUGACCAUAAUUAUAGCAAUUGCUCUGAUCCUAUUCUGAAAGAUUUUCUCGAUAACGGUUUGGCAAGCCUGCUGAUAGCACCACUUUCUUAUAAUGAUCAGGGUAUUAAAACUUAUACAUUUAAUAUUACUUUAAGUGGAUAUAAUAAAUUUUCUGAAAAAAAAUAA